CGUCUCCAUGGUUACAACUCAGAAUGUUUUUCCGUAUCGUACGGUUUCAACAUCUCUGCUAGCUAGAACAGUGGGUUGGAAAAAAGUUUUCUACAAACAAAAUGAGUUACUCUAUCACCCAAAUUAUUACUAAGAACAAAGAUAACUUUAAAGCUGUGAUAUCGGAGCGGCCUUAUGACUGUUUAUAUGAUCCAGUUUACACCGUGUCCUCAGAGGUGGACCACACCAGGGCCAAUUUCAAGGCUUAUGCAGCGAGAGGUCGAUUUAGAAAAGUACCUGAGUUUGUGUCGAUGUUCAGCAGCAAGCCCCAGUACACUCUUAAACUGGACCCAGCAGAGCCAGUACCGUCCUAUUCUGAUUACCACUGGCGAGGACAUGCUGAGCAGCGCAGGGAGGCCCUGCAGCAACUGGCUGGGGUUAAUCCAAAUGCUCAGACAUGCCAUGUGACUGGAGCCGAUUACUGGAAAUACUUUAAGCGUCCUUUGAUUCCAUUUGAACAAAAGUUUCCACCAGAUGUUAUAUUUGAAUUUUCAAGCGAAGAUUUUACACCCACUGAUAAGGAGCAUCAACCCGCCCAGCGCUCUGUGGGGGUUCAGACAGACUACAGAGAAAGUGAAACACAGACUGACCCGUACAGCCCUGAGUAUGUUCUACCGCCUGGGGCGAGUCCCUCAGAGCUCCUGCAACUGGCAGCACUGACUUGGGGUCAUGGCUUGCCAGCAGGGCUCGCUGAGGUGGAAAUGAUAGAGCGGGCACGUGCAAAGCGAGUUUGGGAGGCCAGCCUUCCUCCACUGCAUGAUCUGAGCCAGCUCGACAAGAGGAGGCGUAUGAUGGAGGAGAUGGAGGCCAAGGAGUGGGCUUUCAGGGAAGGGGAAAUCCAAAAACUGCAGGAGGCUCGCCUUGCUGUGCUGGAGGAGCUGCUGAUGGAGAGAGAUGAAGCUCAGAAGGAUGCUACAUAUGACAGAUUAACCCAAAUAUACUCUAAGCACCUGAGAGACAAGGAGCUUAAGCCCGAGAAAACCCACAAUGACUACAUGAGGUCGCUUAGAAAACUGGAAGCUAAGAGGAAAAAUGUGGAGGGAAAACUACAGCAAAGGGACAUCGUUACUGAUUGUCAGACUCACAAAGUAAAGUUCACUAAUGGCAACAAGUUCGAGAGCCACUAUUUAGAUACACAUGAAGGCUUACAAGAGCUAGAGGCAGGACUAGAGGUGUCUUUCAAGCGAUGGAAUAAACAGUGUAAAGAUGUCAAGGAUGUGAAGAAGUCUGCUGCUCAAAAAGCCGUGGAGCUACUGAAGGAUUACAAGGCCUUCAGGGAGGAGGAGGGCAAGGAGAUUACAGGGAAAGCCCUACGUUUUCUGAUCGAAAAGGAGAAGCCUCCUACUCCUCCUGUCACUCCAAAGGUAGAAAGCCCCACAGAGGAGAUGGAGCAAACAGAGCUUGCAGUAAUCUAUCUGCAGAAACUCCUGAGGGGAAGAAGUGUCCAGUAUGAGAUGUUCAAGAACAAAGAAAACCAGCUGGAGCUCAUCCAGGAAUGGAGAUACGCCCAUGCUCUGCAGAGUGAGGAGCAGCAGCUACAGAAAGCUCACAAAGAGCUUAUAAUGACCCUGAAGAAGCAGAGGGAUUGGCAGAUGCAAAAGGAUUUGCAGGAGGAAGCGCAACAGGCCUCAGUGGUCGGUGAGGUGCUUGCACAGCUGUUCGACACCUUGUCCAAGGAGCUGAUUCAUCUCCAGGAGGAGCGCAGGAUCCACGCUUUCACGCUGCUGGCUGAGAGAGAGCGCCGUCAACGGGAGGCAGAGGAGAGCGGGAGGCGUCAGGUGGAGGAGCGUAGGCGCAGAGAAAGAGACGAAAUCUUCAGACAAAUAGUGCAGGUGCACCAGGAAAGUGUGGAUAUGUAUUUAGAGGACAUGAUCUUGGGAUAUGUGGAGCAUGUGGCUGACGACCAGGCCAGAGAGGAGAUCCACUGGAAGGCAAAGCAGCUCAAUGAUGUUGCUUAUGCCAUGGAGAAAAGUGACAGUCUUCAGUCAGAGGAGAUAGUGUCAGAGAUGGUGUUCAGCUUUCUUAUCCCUGAAAUUGACAAGAUCAGUGUCAGGCAAAGAGUGCACUUGAAGCAGCAGAGACACUUGGAGGCGGCUCGGAGUAUCGUUCAGGGGCAUGAAUCACCUACUGGGAUCCAUCCUCCCGAAACCUCACAGGUGACCAUCACAAGUAUAAAAACCUCUUGUCAGGCUGAGGAGGAGAUGACGAGCCAAGAGGAGCAAGGAAAACAAACACAGCCGUCACAUGUUCCAAAUAAAGAAGGGAGUGAAGAUUAAAACUGAGCAGCUUCAAUAUCCGAUCUGAAUCUUUAAGAAAUCAGUCUCAUACCACUCAUUCUAGAUUUUUAGGAAAUGAAAUCCUGAGGAGCAUCAUUUUGAUCUACGGUUGCAGUGUUUCGAUAAAAUCAUCAUAUUUAACCUAAGUUUUGAAGGAACCUGGACUGAAGGGGCAGGCAGAAGAUAUCUACAGGGUUGAAGUUGACUGACGUCUUUGUGUUACUUCGUCGCAGCAGUUGGUAACAUCUCUAAAAACUUCUUAUUUUUAUUUGACUGAUUUAAUAUUUGUUGGACUCUGUUUUACUGAGGGAUUAUUCAACAAAAUAAAUGAUCUGUCUGUCUAUUAUAUAUCUAUAUAUAAAAUCUAAAAAAAUGUUUGGUUUCUUUGUAUUUUCUUGCUGUACAGCUUAUUGAAUAAAAGUAUUUUAAACAUU